GAUUUAAGAAAUCAUCGCGCGCAGCAGCUCAAACUUGCUGGCUCUCUUUUUCUCAUUCGCCGAGAUUUAUAUCGUUAGUGGAUACAAUUUGAGUUCAUUUUUAUUUCACUUUUUAUUUUUAUGUGUGUGGUUUUGGUUUGUGUACCAUUUUCUUUAUCGCAAGCUCAUUCAAAACAAAAAAGAGCUCAAAUUUAAUGACAUACAGAGUAUGAGUGCAGUGCAUGAGUGUCAGUUUUAACGAAAAAAAAGAACAAAAUAAUUAAUUUGACGGGAAAAAAUUUAAAUAGUUCAAACGGAAUAAUCGGUAAACCAGCCCGAUCCAGUGUGAUCGGCCAACAGCAAAAAUGGGACUAACAAGACGCAUACAAUUUGCCGUCUUGAUUUCGUUUCUGAUUACAAUAGAUUUAAAUCCUAUUCACACAAGAUCACAGAUUGGUUUUCGACCGAAACGUGAAUAUGGUGACAAUGUUUAUUUACCUUCAACAUAUGUAAUUCCGGGUGGCGAAGGAUCGUCACAAGGCUGGAGCGAUUGGAGUGGCCCAUCGUCAUGUUCACGAACAUGCGGUGGCGGUGUUUCAUAUCAAACGCGUGAAUGUUAUGAUGUCGAUUCAAACGGAAGUCCUCGAUGCGUGGGCGGAAAUAAGAAGUAUUUUUCAUGCAAUACGCAAGAUUGUCCGGAGAAUGAGCCAGAUUUUCGUCAUCAGCAAUGUGCCGAUUUCGAUGAAAAACCAUUCGAAGGUGUUCGAUAUGAAUGGGUGCCAUACUUAAAGGCCCCAAAUCCAUGCGAAUUGAAUUGUAUGCCACGCGGUGAACGAUUUUACUAUCGACACAAAUCUAAAGUUACUGAUGGUACACGUUGUAACGAUGAGUCAAACGAUGUUUGCGUUGAUGGUCAAUGUCAACCGGUGGGUUGCGAUUUAAUGUUGGGAUCAACAGCUCGUGAAGACAAAUGCAGAACAUGUGCCGGUGAUGGGUCUACAUGCAAAACAGUCGAAGGAACACUAACUAUGAACGAUUUACAAAAUGGUUAUAAUGAUAUUUUGUUGAUUCCGAGCGGUGCGACAAAUAUUCAAAUCAAGGAAAAGGCCCCAUCAAACAACUAUUUGGCCAUUCGUAAUUCAUCAAAUCACUACUAUUUGAACGGAAAUUGGCGAAUUGAUUUUCCACGUCCGUUGACAUUUGCUGGUUCGAUUUGGCAUUACGAUCGUCGUCCACAAGGAUUUGCAGCUCCCGAUCAACUCACAUGUCUCGGACCAACAACUGAAAAUGUUUAUUUGGUAUUAUUGUCACAAGAUCGUAAUGUUGGUGUUCAUUAUGAGUAUAGUGUGAACGAAGCCGCAGCUCAUCUCACUGAACCAGAUACCUACAUAUGGACAUUUUCACCGUACGGUGAUUGCUCUGCAAGAUGUGGAAGUGGAGUUCAGACACGACGAAUUACCUGCAAUAGUCAAAAAACAUUGAAACCAGUUGACGACAGUUUGUGUAGUAGCACCGAUCGGCCAGCCGAAACCCAACCAUGCGGACAAGAAACAUGCCCACCACAAUGGACCGAAGGUGAAUGGAGCAAAUGCUCAGCACCGUGCGGAAGCACUGGAAAUCAAACUCGUGAAGUUAAAUGCGAAGAAAUCUUAUCAAAUGGAGAACACAAAUUACUUGAUGAUGCCGAGUGUUUGCAAAAGGCCGGCAAUAAACCAGCCACCGAAAAACAAUGUAAUCUUGGAAAGAUUUGUCCAAUAUGGCACACUGGAUCAUGGAAGGGGUGCAGUAAAUUGUGCGGUGAAGGUGUACAAACCCGUACCAUCAAAUGCUAUCGUAAAAAUGAAGGAAAAAUUGAAGUAUUGAACAAUGCUGACUGUCCGGAUCCAAAACCAGAAGCAUCACAAAAAUGUAUUUUGCGACCAUGCGAAGGUGUCGACUGGAUCACAUCACAAUGGAGUGGCUGCAAAGCCUGUGGUUUAUCACAAGAGACACGAACAGCAUCAUGUGCAUCGAAAUCGGGAAAAGUGUACAACGAAACAUUCUGUGCAAAUCGUAAAUUGCCUGAAUUAAGUCGUCCAUGCAAUCAAACAGUCGAAUGUGAAUAUCAAUGGUUUUCAUCACAAUGGAGCAAAUGUUCGGUUGAUUGCGGCAAAGGUAUACAAACUCGAAAUAUUGUGUGCGGUAAACUUGAUGGAAAUGCCGUUAAAAUUGCCGAUGAUGAAUCAAAAUGUGAAGCUGGCGAGAAGCCAGAAAGUUCAAAGGAAUGUGACACCGAAAAGAAAUGCGAAGGUCAAUGGUUCAAUGGGCCAUGGAGUGAUUGUAAUAAAAAAUGUGGCGGUGGAAAGAAAACACGUAAAGUACUCUGCAUAUCCGAUGGAAAUUCGGUAGCACCAGCAAAAUGUGGAGAAGACACAAUUGUAUUCUCAUCAGAAGACUGUAACAAGGAACCAUGCGUUGAAGAUGAAUUGAUUCCAAUUGAUACGACCGCCAAGCCAAUUGAAGAGGAUGACGAAAGUGAUGAAUGGUGUGAUGAAGAUGAUGAAGAUGUUGAAGUUAUUUCAACGACUGACGACUCAUCCGAAUCAACAUUCGAAUCAUCGACUGAAUUUGAAGCAUCGUCAUUUUCAUCAUCUUUGAGCACCGAAGAUAUGCAAAGCGAUGCAACAUUCUCUACGAUCGAUGACACAACUAUUUUCUCAUCAACAUACGAGGGAUCUGGCGAUGAUGGCAGUGGUUCAACUGAAGUACCAAGCUCAACUGAUGUAUCAUCGAGCGAAGCAUCAUCGAGCUCAUCGGAAUCAAGCAGCGAGUCGAGCAGCGAAUCUACAAGCUCAGGAUCAACUGAAUCAGCUGAAUCAAGUACCGAACUAUCGACAGAAUCCGGUACGGACACAUCAACUUCAGCCACCGACACAAGCUCAUCCAGUGAAUCUUCUACAGACAUUUCAUCAAGCUCCUCAGAGUCUAGCAGUGAAUCGGCCAGCGAAUCAAGUAGCGCGUCAAGUAGCGAAUCGAGUAGCGAAUCAAGUAGCGAAUCAAGUAGCGAGUCCACAAGUCCUGAAACAACCGAAACUGAGACAAGCACAGAGUUCACAACUGAUUCAAAUACCGAUUCAUCAAGCUCAGGCACCACCAGUGAUUCAUCAAGCUCAACUGAAUCUGGUUUAUCCAGUUCAACAAGCGAUGCUAGCUCGUCCAGUGAAGCCGUUUCUUCAAGUACCGAAGAAUCAUCAUCAUCAGGAAGUACAGACAGCAGUGAUACCACCGGAAGCGAUCAAACUACCGAACAAAGUGAAAGCACAAGUGAAAACAGUUCAUCCAGCACGGAUGUAUCAUCAAGCUCUGAAUCUUCAUCGUCAACCGAUGUUAGUUCAUCGAGUGAAGCGACCGAAAGCAGCGAAGCCACCGAAAGUACUGAAUCAACAUCAGAAUUCUCAACGGAAUCAACAUCAGAAUUCUCCACGGAAUCCACAUCAGAGAGUGAAAGUACAAGUGAAUUCAGUUCAUCGAGCUUAUCGUCAGACACAACCGACGAAGAUAUUUGGGGAACAACAUCAUACACAUUGGAAGAUGUUAUUAGCAAAGAACAGAAACCACGCAAAUGUAAACCAAGACCACACAAACCAUCGGCAUGUCUUAAGAGCAAAUUUGGUUGCUGUCCGGACAACACAACUGCAGCAACUGGUCCAUUCGAUGAAGGUUGUGCGGUACCAGAAACAUGUAAAGAAACCAAAUACGGAUGUUGUGAAGACGGUGUAUCAGCUGCCAAAGGCAAAAAAUACAAGGGAUGCCCAGAACCAUUGUGUAAGAGUAGUUUAUUCGGAUGUUGUGCAUCUGAUGGAAAAACUGAAGCACAAGGAUCCAAUCAAGAAGGUUGCCCAAUUAUUACAACAACAACAACAACAACAACGACAACUACAACCACCACACCAAAACCACAGAAAACAAACGAAACAAAAGAAACAACAACUGAAGCUGUCACACCCAAACCAGCAUGUACAACGGCUGAUUGUGCUCCAUGUGAACGAGAACCAUUUGGCUGUUGCUCAGAUAAAACGACACCAGCUCAUGGUCCAAACGGUGAAGGAUGCUGUCUCAAUUCACCAUACGGUUGCUGUCCUGAUAACUAUAAUGCGGCCCGAGGACCAAAUCUUGAAGGUUGCGAAUGUGAGUACUCACCGUAUGGAUGUUGUCCAGACAAAAAAACAUCAGCAAGAGGAUAUGAUAACGCUGGAUGUGGUUGUGAAUUCGAAAAAUACGGCUGUUGCCCAGAUAAGGUUACACCAGCAACAGGACCCAAAUUUGAAGGUUGUGCUUGUCAUACAUAUCAAUUUGGAUGUUGCCCUGAUGGCGUUACAAUUCAACAAGGUCCACAUGGUUAUGGUUGCCACUGUGCACAAACAAAAUACAAGUGUUGUUCCGAUGGUGUUACAGCGGCCAGCGGAGAGAACUUUGCUGGAUGUACAUGUGCCACCAGCAAAUAUGGAUGCUGCCCAGACGGUGUUACCGAUGCUCAAGGACAACAAUUCGAUGGAUGCGAAGAUAUUCCAUCAACACCACAGAAAGCAUGUAGCAUCACCAAAGAUGGUGGUACUUGCAGUAAUUACACCGUUAAAUAUUUCUUCGAUACUGAAUAUGGAGGUUGUUCACGAUUCUGGUACAGCGGAUGCGGUGGCAAUACAAAUCGUUUCGAAACAAUCGAUGAAUGUAAAAGCACAUGCGAAGAACCAAUUGGCAAAGAUUCAUGCAAAGUACCAAAGAUUAAAGGACCGUGCAAUGGAUACUAUACUAAAUACUAUUACGAUUCGGACCGAAAUAUCUGUUCGCCAUUUAUUUAUGGUGGUUGCUUGGGCAAUACAAACCGAUUUGAAUCAUUGGAAGAUUGCCAGAAACAAUGCGUUGUAGACGAAUCAUUGCCUGCUUGCGAACAACCACUCGAAGAAGGUCCAUGCAACGGUAACUUUGAACGGUGGUACUUUGACAAAGAAGACGAUACUUGCAAACCAUUCAGAUAUGGUGGAUGCAAAGGAACAAAGAACAACUUUGCAUCGGAAUCAGCUUGUAAAUACCAAUGCAAAAAUCCAUCCGUACAAAAAGCAACAUGCGCAUUGCCCAAAGAAACUGGUGCUUGUGAGGCUAAAAAAGCACGUUGGCACUUCUCACAAAGCGAUAACAAGUGCAUGCCUUUCUAUUAUACUGGUUGUGAUGGAAAUAAGAAUAGUUAUGUAACAUUAGAAGAUUGUGAGACACAAUGUCCUCGUAACAUAACUAAAGACGCAUGCCACAAAGCAGCCGAAACUGGAAAUUGUCAAAACUACGAAGCCCGUUGGUAUUUUGAUACAAAAGAGGAAAGAUGCCGACAAUUCUACUUUGGAGGAUGUGGUGGCAACGAAAAUAACUUUGUCAGCGAAGAAUUAUGUCUCGCUCGAUGUGAAAGAAAACAACAACCUCCACCACCUCCACCUACACCACAACCACCUCAACCACAAGAAUUGGAACCAUUCCAACCAAGUCAUUGCCUAUUGGAAUCAGAUCAAGGACCAUGCCGUGCAAUUACACCAAGAUAUUACUACGACAGUCAAACCGGUGUUUGUGAUGUGUUUGGAUAUGGUGGCUGUGGUGGCAAUCAAAAUAACUUCCAAUCGGCCGAAGAAUGUGAAAAUCGUUGUGGAAAUGUACAAGAUUUGUGCGCAUUACCGCCAGUACAUGGUCGAUGCCAAGAGAAUGUUACGCGUUACUACUAUGAUCGUCGUAGCGAUGAUUGUCUUUCGUUUGAAUAUAGCGGAUGCCGUGGAAACAAAAAUAAUUUCUACUCGAUUACAGAUUGUCAAGCACAAUGUCAACGCAGACAACGCCCAGAACAAGAACCAGAACAAGAACCGGAACAAAAACCAAAUAUACCAGAUAUCGAUGUUCGUUUUGAUGAUAUUUGUCAAGCACAAACCGAUCAAUGCAACACAUUACGAUGCCCAUACGGAGUGACUAGAACAUACGAUGAAAAUCGUUGCCAACGUUGCGAAUGUGAAAAUCCAUGCCGUGAUUAUCCGUGUCCGGAAGAUUCAAAAUGUGCCGUCGAUUUCUCACAUGACUCAUCAUUUGCACCAGUUUGCCGUAAAAUAAACAAACCGGGAGACUGUCCAUCAGCACAUAAUAAUACACAAUGUGAUCUGGAAUGCUACACCGAUGCCGACUGCCGUGGUGAUAAUAAGUGUUGUUCGAAUGGAUGCGGCCAAGUUUGUAUUGCACCUGAAUCGUACGAACCAACUUCACCACCACGAUCACAUUAUCCAGACGUUCAAGCACCACAAGUUCCAGCACCAGUUUAUCUUGAAGCCAAAACGGAAGAAGAGGUUAACGUUGUUCAAUCAGAAGGUGGUGUUGCAACUUUACGAUGCUAUGCAACUGGAUAUCCAUUGCCAACGGUUUCAUGGAUGAAGAAUUCAGUUGUGAUAAAUACAGAUCAAGGCCGAUUUGUACUAACAUCGAAUGGUGAUUUGAAAAUCGUUCAAGUACAUAAAACGGAUAGCGGAACUUAUGUUUGUGUUGCUGACAAUGGCAUUGGUGAACCAGUUCAACGUGAAGUUCAAUUGGAUAUCGCCGGUAAGUGUGACAUUUUCUCUAAUCUUUCUUCGCUUUAAUUCUAUAUAUAGAUUAAC